GUAGUAGCGCAGUUUGCUCCAUGCUAACAAACAAACAUCCCCCAUACAGAUCUCUUAGGUUCUUGGACCACGCUUAAGAAGGAAGCUAAUUUGGGAACUGUUAUGCCAAGUUCUAACACCGUCGAGUUGCCAAGCUCGAGAAAGAAUUUCAUCUCAUCUAAAUUAUCCGACAACCUGAAAACCAACAUUGAACAUUCCACCUAUGUAGCAUUAUAGGUCAUUCUAUACGACAUCGGGUGUGUCUGAAUGAGCUCAUACCUUCUUAGGGUUGGGAUUUUCUCUGUGUUCUACUAUGUAUAUGUAGGUGGUAUCGGCGUGGAUUGCAUGAGGCUGAAAGCGCCCCCCCACCUCAAAGUCGUACGAAGUGCCAAUCCCGAAAGUGGUUCGCAAAGAUGGGCCAACGAAAAGGCAUUGCUCGGCGACGAGCUGGUCAAUGACCUACCUGUGCGUAAGUUAUCAAAAGUAAAGUCACUUGCUAACUCUACUGCAAUAGUUAACCCAUUGGGUGCAACUGAGGUAUUCUUUACAUACCUAAUGUUUUCUAGACUGCCUGUCCUAACAAUCAGCACUCUCUACUUCGUUCCUGACCUGUUUAUCCAUACCUUGUACUCUGCAUGUUCGCUAGAGUCCAGUUACAUAUGUCUACACUCGAUUCUUUCCAUAGACAUGAUGACCAAAAGUCUUCAACUAUAUAAUUCCAAAGGCCAAUGUGGCCUAUGGAGGUAGACGAACCACGCCAGGUGCCACCCUGCGUAGCAUUGCAUCGCUACGAGGUCUCGUAUUAUAAUUUUUUGCAGGGGGUCUGCAGCUG